AUCGACUGCUAUGGUCAUUAGCCUCUAACCUAACCAUCACCGGACAUGUACAACAUCCAUGACCUAGCCAGGAUUCGAACCCGGUACCUUCGGCACCACAGUCGACAUCUCUGUCCACUGCACUACCGAGGUAGUCUGAUUAGAGAAUUGAAAAGAUAAUAAUGCAGAACCCCAAGUGGUCAUGAAAUCCGGCAACGUAAAGCGAACGCCGACAAGCCUGAUGAGUUCUUGAAAACUUCACUUUCACUUUGAAAAUGUGUGCAGUAAAACUGUCUGCGCGAAAAUUUGAAUUACACUUCUCAGUUUAGUUUUUAGUGGUGUUUCCGAAUAUCGAAACAGAUUUUCAAAAUUCCGAUGUACAGGGUGUUGUUACGAGGAUUCAAACUAUUCAUAAUUUUUUGUUAACCAGGACCUGAAUUUUCGAGGUGGUUAUUGCAUGAUACGUUUGGGCUCUCAAUUAGGAACAUAUUUGCCAAAUAUGAAGAAAAUAUACUGGGUGGUUCGUUUGAAAUGGCCUCUGAAAGGAACGGGCAAAACGCAUAAAACACUCUGUAUCUCGCCUACGAAGACUGUAAGACCCAAUGAAUGGGGUAUCUCCAGAAUCGCCUUGGUGUCAACUAAGCACCUAUGAAGUAUUUCCGUUUCCCAAUGAAACACCCUGUAUACGCGAAAUUUGCAGGGAAGGUUCGGAUCUCCAAUGCCGCAGUUGAGUUCGUUUAAUAAGCAGAACCUGAAUAGGGGUUCCGUAAAUAUGGCCGUUCGAAAUUUUGUAUUUUGUGAAUUUCGAAACCAAAGUCACAUUUGCGAGGGAAAUUUGCAUUCAGAUGUAGAAUGACCAUAUAAAGCUUCGUGCGAAAUAUCUUGUUGAUCACUUGAUCAGAACCAUAGAAACUCUGUUACCACAGAACUGACGUUGAGUUGAGAUUUUGGGUAUUGAUAUAAAAUAGCAAUGCUAAGCUCCUCGCCAAAUUUCAAGCUUAUCGCAUAAUGAGAACCAUAAAAAAUUAACCAUAGAAAAUUCAAGAAGAAUAUUGGAUAUUAAAAACUUGAUAUCUCUGUGAUUACAGAUCUGAUCAGAUGGAGAUUUCGCGUGUAUACAUAAAAUGAUCAUUCGAGACUGCGUGCACAAUUUCGUGCGGAUAGCAUAAACAGAACAAUAGAAAAUUCAAGAAGAAUUAAAAAAAUGUACACCUAAUAUAUAAGUUACAACAAAUUUGCUCGAGUUGAAAUUUUGCCUGAAUAUAUAAAUUAUCAAUUUUGAUCUUCAUGCAAAAUUUCGUGUGAAUAGAGGCUUCUACAUAAAAUUCAAGCAGAAUAUUGAAAAUAUUAAAGUCCGGCUUGAAAAGACUCCUCGGGGUCGGUAUAGAGAUGAUUCAGAUAUAGGUACAUCUUUUUAAUGUUGAAUUUCGGGACCGUAACCAGAUGUCUUCAAUCCAUAUAGUGAAUUCUCCAGUUAUCGGCAAUACAAGGGUUGUAAAUAAAUGUUUACACCACGUCUGGUGUUUUCUUCAAGAUGUGGAUGAUGAUAUUCCCCCUCUUAUCGAAUUUUUGCUGCAAGAGCCCUAGUACAGCGUUGCCGUUCGUACGAUAAUUAUCGUUUUGUACGAUAAUUUGCUGCUCAAUUCUAUGUACGAUAUCGCAUGUACGAUAAUAGCGUUUUGUACGAUAAUUUCAGUGUACCUAUCAUUUGAGCUAAAGUGUCAAUAGAUACUCAAAAUAUAAUGAAACUCAGUAUGACCAGAUUUAGUUGAUAUCCAAUUUUUCAGUAGAUUAUUGCAUUUUCAGGAAGUUUUUAAUAGGAAGAAAUCAUUUGAUAGAUUUUAGUAGUUUCAAAAAAUCUAACCGAGACGGUUGGGAAUGUCUAGACUCAAGAAUGUUCCGAUGAAUCAAUUCAUAUUCAAUAUAAUAUACUUUUCAAUUGAAAAGGGCGUAUCUGCAAAAUAGCACAUUUGGGAUAUUUGUCUUUGAAGACUUUCAUUUCAUCCACAGAUUCAAUUGAAUUAAUAUGAAGAAAAAAUAAAUGAUAAUGCAUGUUAAUUAAAUUUAAUCUGUAGAUGGCACAAAUGAAAGUAUUUAAAGUUCAAUCAAUAUCCCAAAAGUGAUUUUUUGUAGAUACGCACGCACUUCUCAAUUCAAACGUCAGUAUAGAUUCAUCAUAUUCCAAUCUGAUCACGCUGAUGAAACUGUUGAAAUGAUGUUCGAUCAAUACAUUGCUUUCCGGAAAUAAAGAGGAUCUUAUACGAAUUCAAUACAGUAAUUACAAUAUCUUAUGCAUAAUGGACCUGUACUUAGCAACUCUCAUGCUUGUAGACACCUCUGAUAAUGCUUUGUCGGCAUUAUCCAUAACAGAAUUACGGUUCGUUUUAUGGGUCGGCUUUAAAAUUCAGUAAAGACGGAUAACUUUUUUGACCGUUAUGCAAAUUUAGGUAGCUAUUAUUUGAAAGCGUUGAAUAUUUUGCAAUAACCUGGACCACUUUAGGAAUCACUGGCCUGGCGUAUACCGAUGACGAAUACAAAAAUCACAUUUGGCAAAACCAGAGGCAACGCCGACAAAGUGGAUAUACAAAGGAUAAUAAUAAAUCUCGAAAAUAGACGUGCUCGUAGGGAAAUAAAAAUAAUUAUCUUGAAAGCGAUAAUAAACUAAUAAACUCUGAAGGGUGCGAUUUUCGACUGCCUUGAAGAUUUCAAAGGAAAGUAAAAUGAUUAUUGGUUCAUUUUUAUGGAAUUUUUACGAAGAUAUAUCUCUGUAUUUCCAAUCAAUUAUUUAGAUUCAUAAUAUUUUAUAUGUGGUUAUGGGAGCAAAUGUUCAAUUGUUGAAAGCACAUUAAAAAGACCAUCAAAAAUAUAAUAUACGUUUCAAUUGAAAAGGGCGUAUCUGCAAAAUAGCACAUUUGGGAUAUUUGUCUUUGAAGACUUUCAUUUCAUCCACAGAUUCAAUUGAAUUAAUAUGAAGAAAAAAUAAAUGAUAAUGCAUGUUAAUUAAAUUUAAUCUGUGGAUGGCACAAAUGAAAGUAUUUAAAGUUCAAUCAAUAUCCCAAAAGUGAUUUUUUGUAGAUACGCACGCACUUCUCAAUUCAAACGUCAGUAUAGAUUCAUCAUAUUCCAAUCUGAUCACGCUGAUGAAACUGUUGAAAUGAUGUUCGAUCAAUACAUUGCUUUCCGGAAAUAAAGAGGAUCUUAUACGAAUUCAAUACAGUAAUUACAAUAUCUUAUGCAUAAUGGACCUGUACUUAGCAACUCUCAUGCUUGUAGACACCUCUGAUAAUGCUUUGUCGGCAUUAUCCAUAACAGAAUUACGGUUCGUUUUAUGGGUCGGCUUUAAAAUUCAGUAAAGACGGAUAACUUUUUUGACCGUUAUGCAAAUUUAGGUAGCUAUUAUUUGAAAGCGUUGAAUAUUUUGCAAUAACCUGGACCACUUUAGGAAUCACUGGCCUGGCGUAUACCGAUGACGAAUACAAAAAUCACAUUUGGCAAAACCAGAGGCAACGCCGACAAAGUGGAUAUACAAAGGAUAAUAAUAAAUCUCGAAAAUAGACGUGCUCGUAGGGAAAUAAAAAUAAUUAUCUUGAAAGCGAUAAUAAACUAAUAAACUCUGAAGGGUGCGAUUUUCGACUGCCUUGAAGAUUUCAAAGGAAAGUAAAAUGAUUAUUGGUUCAUUUUUAUGGAAAAAAAUUUCGUUUUUCGUUUCUGCAAGAAUUCUGAAAUUUCAUAUUUUGAAAAUCUUGGGAGGGGUAAUUACUAUAUAAUACUAGUACUCUUCACUAUUUCUAUACGGUCUUGCUUACUGACUGACUGAUAUUUGUACGUUUUUGAGACUCAAUUAUUAAGUGAAGUUAGUGAAGGUGUUUGAAGUUUUUUUAUAAGUUAUAUUUGCCUUUGACCUAAGGACUUUUUGUUUAUUCAGUUAUUAAAGGUAAGAGCUUAAUAUACAAUUCGAUAUUUUUCAACCUUAAAAUUACUUUUUUGAAGAUAUAAAACUUGAAAACGAUUUAUAUUUGAAUGUAUUAGAUUUUUGUGUAUAACCAAUAUCGGGUGUUUCAUGUCAUCGUAUAUAGGCAAAAUCUCGCUCAUUUGACGAGAUAAUAAAAAAAUUUCUGUUACUAGGGCCUAGUAACAGUUGGAAUAAUACAGAUCUAUUCUGAAUUUCUCCAAGUGAAUAUUAGAACUCUGAAAAUAGACGAGCAGAUAAAUUCGAUUUUUUUAAUCUGAAGUUGGUUGUGUUGUGAAUAUUUCGGAGUGAAAACUUGUGUUUGAAUAUUUCGAUCUUUUUGUAAGGUAAGAUCUAUUGAUAAUCUUAAUUGAGACAGUUAAAUAAAGAAAUUGUGUUUUCCAGGAAAGCAAAAAUGUUUGGUCUAGUUCAUUUUCCCGACCAGACUUACGGAAUAUAUUCAAUGAAAAAUAUUUCAAAGAAAAAAGGAGAUAAUAAUGCCUGCAUUGUAAAACAUAGAGGUGCCAAAUAUGAAGCAGUACUGAUAACAGAAAAAGAGAAAAAAGAAGAACUGAGGGUACUUCAAGAUGAAAUGGUUGGACAGCUAAAAUCAGUAAAGAAAUCUGUAAGCGAUAAUAAUUUCACUGAUUCGAAAAUUGGAGAAAAAUAUGUGGAUAUGGACAGACCAUCUACUUCCUCCAUCAACCAUAAAUAUGUUUCCUCCGUUGUUAAAAAAGAUGAAGAAAGUAGUGAUGAAGCAAUUCAAGAGCAAAGAGAAGAACAGAGGAUUCUUCAAGAUGAAACGCUCGAACAAAGAGAAUCAGUAGAAAAAUCUAUAGGCAAUAAUCAUUCCACUGAUUCAAAAAUUGGAAAAAAAUAUGUGGAUAUGGAAAGACCAUCUACUUCCUCCAUCAACCAUGAAUAUGUUUCCACCGUUGAGGGUAGAGAUGAACAAAGUAGUGAUGAAGCAAUUCAAGAGCAAAGAGAAGAACAGAGGAUUCUUCAAGAAGAAACGCUCGAACAAAGAGAAUCAGUAGAAAAAUCUAUAGGCGAUAAUCAUUCCACUGAUUCAAAAAUUGGAAAAAAAUAUGUGGAUAUGGACAGACCAUCUACUUCCUCCAUCAACCAUGAAUAUGUUUCCACCGUUGAGGGUAGAGAUGAACAAAGUAGUGACGGAGCAUUUCAAGAGAAAAUAAUUAUAGAAGAUAUAUUGCUUAAUCCGCGGAGAUCGCCAGAAAAAUCUCUAGUCUAUGAGGAUUUCAAUGAUUUUUCAAUUGGAACAGAAUAUGUGGAAAUUAACCGAUCAUCUACUUCUCUUAUGAAGAACUUCGAUGAUACUGUUUUCUCCACUGUUUGUGGAGAGGAGGAAGACAGAUAUGCAGAAUUUCAAGAUAAUAGUACCAUGGAAGCUUCAGAUAUGAAUGUUGACAAAAACAAACAGAGUAUUAUGCAACAUCAUGGAAUACCAGUUCAAGUGGAACCUGAAGAUGAGAUAGAAUUAUCAGUUUAUGGAGACAAUUCUGAUGAUGAUUCAGAUUAUAAUUUAUCUACUUAUUCAGAAACGCAAUCUGAUAACUCACGAGAUGGCAGUCGGAGCUCAACACCAUGUUCCUUUCUAUCUGAAAUGGAUCUGAAUAUUGAGGAGAAAACGCAACCGAAUGAGUCCAAUAAUAAUUCCCUCUCGAAAAGCAUCCAAGUUCAUUUAUCUGCCUCGUUAAACGAACCAGGGUGCGAUGAUGAAAAUAUGAUGGUAACUGAGUCCCGCGGAAGAAAAGGAGACAAGAAGGCAAAUUUUUGUUUCUACUGCCAUACGAAACAGCAAAAAAUCUCACGACACCUAGAGAAUAAACACAGCGGUGAGGAGGAGGUGAAAAAAUUUAUUAUGUUACCAAAAGGUAACGUAGAAAGGGCCAAGAUUAUUGGUCAGAUAAGAAAAAGGGGAAAUUUCCUUUUUAAUACGAAUGAGAAUUUAAAUGAUGGUGAGCUGAUUGUGGCGCGACGGCCUAAAAGCAGCAGGAAUAAAAGUGGUAGGGAUUACAGUGCAUGUGCAAACUGUAAGGGAUUUUUCUCAAAAGCCACCCUUCGAGUGCAUUUCAGAUCCUGCACAGGCAUUGAUUCCGACAUUAAAAGAUUGCCAAAUUUGCUAAGUAAAAAAAUCACAUCAAGAAUACAUCCUAUGGCAUCAAUAACUGUGAGAAAUCAUUUAUUCCCACCGCUGAGGGAGGAUGAUGUAUGUAGAGCAAUCAGAUAUGAUGAACUCAUCAUCAUUUAUGCUAACAAAAUGGUGGAAAAAUAUAGAGAACCGAGACAUUUCCAAAUGAUAAGGCAGAGAUUACGAUUAAUUGGUAAUUUCCUCAUUAAAAUGAAGGCACUGAGUAAGGAAAUAAAUAAUUUAGCCUCUAUAUAUGACCCAAAAUUUGUAGACAUGGUUUUAUCUGCUAUAAAUAUGUGUGCCCGGUACACUGAAACUACGAACUGCUUCGAAGCUCCUUCGGUAGCGUUCAGUUUGGGCACACUGCUGAAGCAGAUUGGCAAUUUAUUAAUAACAGAGUGCAUUAAAAACCACAAGGAAGAAAUGCGAAAAAAUGCUAAAUAUUUCUUGAAAGUUUUCGCUCAAGAAGUGAACAUAAAUGUAAACAGAACUGUUGCUGAAACUCAACUGAAAAUGAGUAGAACAAAAACAGUUAUGCUACCCACAAUGGGCGACAUAAAAAAACUCAGCGACUAUUUGACCAAGAAGAGAAAAGACGCCCUUGAGAAAUUGAAAAUUUGCUUCUCGUCAUUGGCCUGGAUAGACUUAGCAGAGGCAACGCUAACGUCUAUCCAGGUUUUCAAUAGACGACGCGCUGGAGAAGUCGAGAGAAUUAGCAUUACCGAAUUUGAAAAAUACGAAACGAUUGAGAGAAGUAAUAAUGAUCUAUUUCAAUCACUUUCAGAGAAAUCAAAAGAAAUUGCAAAAAAAUAUGUUCGAUUCACUAUAAGGGGCAAGUUGAAUCGGACGGUUCCUGUUCUAUUGGAUACUCAUUUAUGUGAGUGCAUCCAAUUAAUAAUAAAAAACAGAACAAAUAUGAGGGUCCACAAGAGUAACCCUUAUGUAUUCGGUACACCAGGGUCGGAUACAAAAAAGCAUCCACAUCUGAGUGCCUGCACUUUGAUGAGGAAAUUCUCUGAAGCUUGUGGUGCUGAGCACCCGACAAGACUACGUGGCACCAAUUUGAGGAAACAUAUAGCCACUACGUGUAUUACUUUGAAUCUUGAAAAUCAAGACGUAGUGGAUUUGUCGAACUUCAUGGGCCAUUCGGAGAAGAUACACAAGGGCAUUUAUCGUCAGCCCAUUAUAAGUAGGGACAUUUUGGGCAUUUCACAACUCCUGCAAACAGCUCAAGGAGAAAAUGAAAAUGCAAGCAGUGAUGACUCCGAAAAUGAGGUUGUCAAUGAUGAAGAACCAAUUCCUACAAAUGAAAUCAAUUCAACAGGAGGAACUCCAAAUCUUAGUGGGGGGAAUAGGAGGAAUUCCAGCAAAGCCCAUACCCUAUCUGGCACCCUCAAAAGAGUGAGGUGGACCCAAGAGGAGAAGGAUGCUAUUUUCCGUAUUUUCGGAGAAUAUAUGAAUAGAAAAGCUCUACCUCCUUUGAAAGUGAUACAAACAGUGAUAAAAGAAACUCCUGUUCUUCAGAAUCGCACGUCACCACAAAUAAAGACAUGGAUUCACAAUCAGCUGAAGGGCUCCAAGAAGAAACUUUCAUUUUCAAACUGAAUAUUUGUGAUAUUUUUAAUUUAUACAUAGUCAUUCGUUUUUAUUCAUAUUUAUUUAUUUUUUCAUAUAUUUAUUUACUUUUCAAGAAAGUUGUUUAUGUUUCUUCAUUUUCAUUCAUUUAUUUUCAUUUAUAUUUGUUCGUUUUAUUUAGAGAUUUAUUUAUGUUCCUUUGAAAUUCAUUUAUUUGUAUUCUUAAGAUUUUUUCAAGAUGGUGUUUCUUUCGAAACACUUCAUUUACAAUUGAAGUUUAUUAUUUUUCUUAAUCAAAAACCAAAGAAAAA